AUGCACGGCGUCAACGACCGCUCGCAACGGAAGCGACACACUUCCAGCCCGGAAAUGUGCGCCCGCGCCUUAAGGGACCGCCGGCUCGCUAUUUAUAACCACGCAGGGCGCACGCCGCGUGGGGAGCGUGAUGUAAUCAGCUUAUUUCGGAGUCGCUCCCUUUACCCGCAUGUUCGGCCACCGCGGGAAACGAAUAACUUCAAAUUGUACGAGGAAGAGCCGGCGCGAUUUCGCGGGGCGUCCGUGCAACAGAUGACAGUAGAGUUGUCCUGCUCACAAGAAUGUGUGGAGCGCGGGGCCUCGCGGACUGGGGGGCGGCUAGUCGGGUGUCGGCUCCGAUGUCGCGGAAUAGUCCAUUGUGCGAGCGCGCCGCCCGCGCCGCCCGCGCGCCACCAGCGGGAAACGGGUCAAGGUCUCACUGGCGCCUACCUCACGACACACUGCUGCCUACCUCACAGCUCGCUACUCCACCUACUGUCCCACACCUAUACCAACACUACAUAA